AUGGAGGCGAUCGCCAGUCAGAUGGGAAAUGGGAGAGAUGCAAGCUCCUCCCCAAAUUCAAAGCAAGAGCUGCAGCCGUACCAGGGCUCCAAUACCCUCAAGCCCAACCAAGUGGGUGAGACCUCUCUGUACGGCGUGCCCAUCGUGUCCCUGGUCAUCGACGGGCAGGAGCGGCUGUGCCUGGCGCAGAUCUCCAACACGCUGCUCAAGAACUACAGCUACAAUGAGAUCCACAACCGGCGGGUGGCCCUGGGCAUCACCUGCGUGCAGUGCACGCCGGUGCAGCUGGAGAUCCUGCGGCGGGCCGGGGCCAUGCCCAUCUCCUCCCGCCGCUGCGGCAUGAUCACCAAGCGGGAGGCGGAGCGGCUCUGCAAGUCCUUCCUGGGCGAGCACAAGCCCCCUAAACUGCCCGAGAACUUCGCCUUCGACGUGGUGCACGAAUGCGCCUGGGGCUCCCGGGGCAGCUUCAUCCCGGCCCGCUACAACAGCUCCCGCGCCAAGUGCAUCAAGUGCAGCUACUGCAGCAUGUACUUCUCCCCCAACAAGUUCAUCUUCCACUCCCACCGCACUCCGGACUCCAAGUACACGCAGCCCGACGCCGCCAACUUCAACUCCUGGCGCCGCCACCUCAAGCUCAGCGACAAGACGGCCACGGAGGAGCUGUCGCACGCCUGGGAGGAUGUCAAGGCCAUGUUUAACGGCGGCACCCGCAAGCGGACCUUCUCCCUGCAAGGGGCGGCCGCCGGCGGGCCCGGCGCCGGUUCCCCGGCCGCCAAGGCCGCGCUGCACCCGCCGCCGCCCGCCGGCCCCGAGCUGGCCCCGGCGCACAAGAGCCUGCGCUGCAGCGGGCAGGAGCCGGCGGGCGAGCGCGGCGCGCUGGGGCUGCCGUCGGCGCACGGCGGCACGGCGGGCGGGCACGGCGGGGCGGGCGCGGUGCGCAGCUACCCGGUGAUCCCGGUGCCCAGCAAGGGCUUCGGGAUGCUGCAGAAGCUGCCGCCGCCGCUCUUCCCCCACCCCUACGGCUUCCCCGCGGCCGCUUUCGGACUCUGCCCCAAGAAGCAGGAGGACGCGCUGGGCGGCGCGGGGGGCGGCGAGGCGGGCAAAGGCGGAGCGCUGCCCCCCGGCAUGUUCUGGGGCCCCCCGCACCCCCACCCGCACCAACCGGCCCAGCCUCCCCACCAGCCCGGCGCCGCCAAGGACGCCGGCGUCUACCCCUCCUUCCCCGUGUUCUGGCCGGCCGCCGGCAGCCUGCCCGUGCCGCCCUACCCGGCGCAGAGCCAGGCCAAGGCGGCGGCCACGGCCGUGGUGGUGGCCGCGGCGGCGGCGGCGGCGGCGGCGGCGGCCGAACCGCCGGGUCUGUCGGGCCGGCACGGCGAGCUGGAGGGCUCGGAGCCGUCGGGCAGCGGGAGGAGCAGCGCGACCCCCCAGGAGGGCGCCGGGGCGGAGGGCGAGCGCUGCCCCAGCGCCUUGUCGCGGGCUGCGGGCGAGGAGGAGCGCUCCGGGGACGAGGCGCUGCUCCCCCCGCUGCCCCUGCCCAGGAAGGGCAGCUACCUCUCCGCCUUCCGCCCGGUGGUGAAGGACGCCGAGAGCAUCGCCAAGCUCUACGGCACCCGGGAGGCGUACGGCGGCGCGGCGCCCCGCGGGCCCGGCUACCUCUCCCCGGACUUCCUCAGCGAGGGCAGCUCCAGCUACCGCUCGCUCUCCCCCGGAGGGGACACGGCCGAGGAGCCCGAGGUGGACGUGGAGUCCAACCGCUUCCCUGAAGACGAGGAAGAGGAGGACGCCGCCGCUGCCGCCGCCGCCGCCGCCCCGCACGCCGAGGGCCGGGAGCCGCCGCCGCCGCGGCUGUUGGCCGGGCCCGACGAACCGCCGCCCGACGGGCCCGAGGAGAAGGCGGGCGAAGCGGCGCUGCAGGAGGCUGUCCAGCCGCCCGACGGCAGCCCCGAGCGGAGCAGCAGCAGAGGCGCCUACGAGGUGUACGCGCCGGAGCGGGGGGAGCAGCUGCAGCAGCUGAAGAGCGCCGCGUCCCUCGGAGCCCCGGCCGCCUACCUGUGCACCCCCGAGGCGAAGGAGCAAGAUAAAGAAGACAAUCACUCCGCGGCAGAGGAUUUAGAGACCAGAAAAUCCUAUCAGGACCAAAGGAAUGUCUCUCAUCCCAGCCCUGUAAAUACCGACAGAGGAGAAGACGGCCUCAGCAUGGAUGUCGCCGGGUCGCAGCUGGUGGAGAAGGACAUCGAAAAUUUGGCCCGAGAUGAGUUACAAAAACUGGUCCUAGAGCAAAUGGAGCUGAGGAAAAAACUGGAGAGGGACUUCCAGAGCCUGAAAGAUAACUUCCAGGACCAGAUGAAGCGGGAGCUGGCGUACCGCGAGGAGAUGGUGCAGCAGCUGCAGAUUGUCCGGGACACGCUGUGCAACGAGCUGGACCAGGAGAGGAAAGCGCGCUACGCCAUCCAGCAGAAAUUGAAAGAGGCCCACGACGCGCUGCAUCACUUCUCCUGCAAAAUGCUGACCCCGCGGCACUGCACGGGGAACUGCUCCUUCAAGCCGCCGCUGCUGCCCCAGUGA